AAAGGCAAAAGUGGCGUUGUCGAGGGCAACAUGGCGCAGCAGGUCAGCGGCUCCCCGUUCCUCAAGCCCUUCUCUCUGAAGACGCCCGUCAGAGCGCUCAGCCCUCGGCGGCAGAGGCGGCACACGCUGCCCGCCAGCGAGUUCAGGAACCUCACGCCACAGGACGCCAUCAGCGUGUUCGAGAUUGAGAGAGAAGCGUUUGUGUCCGUGUCUGGAGAAUGCCCUCUGACCCUGGAGGAGGUGCUCGCCUUCCUGGCCCAGUGCCCUGAGCUGUCGCUGGGCUGGUUUGAGGAGGGCCAACUGGUGGCUUUCGUCAUUGGCACCGGGUGGGACAAGGAGAGACUCUCGCAGGAGGCCAUGACGCGGCACGUCCCCGACACUCCCACGGUGCACAUCCACGUGCUGUCGGUGCACAGGCACUGCCGCUACCAGGGCAAAGGCUCCAUCCUCCUGUGGCGGUACCUGCAGUACCUGCGCUGCGUGCCGGGCCUCCGCCGGGCGCUGCUGAUCUGUGAGGACUUCCUGGUGCCCUUCUACCUCAAGGCGGGCUUCAAGGAGAAGGGGCCGUCGGCCAUCGCCGUGUCCGCCAUGCGCUUCCAGGAGAUGGAGCACACGCUGUGCGGGCAGGCGUACGCGCGGCGGAACAGCGGCGUGUAGGCCGACACCCUUGUUCCUCGCGCUCAACUCUAAACCGGACUCUUUGCACAAAGGGAUUAUCAGGAGACACAGGGUCAGUGCAGCGGUGGUUCCACGUUGGUUAGCGGGUCUUAACUGAAUCCACUAAAGUCAUUGGACACACCCAACCUGUAGCUUUGUAAUUAAUCAUUUAGCAUAUUAUUGAAUGAUUAUUUCUAUUGCCAGGAUUGUCAGUGCUGCUUCCCAUUUACUAAAGGUUUUGUUCAACAGCUCACAAUUUGCAUUGGAAUAAAGGAGAUAUAAAAUGUAAAUAAAGAAGUAAUCAAAAUGCAUAAAUCCAAGCCUCAUGCAAAUGUGCUGUUUCUUCGUUGCUGAAUGUGAAUAAACUAUU